AUGAGUGCUUCGGGUGACUCUGCUGGGAGCUGCAUCGUCUACGUGACGGGCCGGUCAACUUCCUCUCGGCAAACCGAGGUGCUGCUACAAGGAUCCGUGGAUGCCACGGCCAGCGCUGCCAGCCGACGAGGUGGUGCAGGCGUAGCGGCCUACAUCGAUCACACGCUGGAUGAUGAGUCGAAGCAGUUUGUGAAGCUGCUCUCCGAGCUACACGGGCGGCUUGACUUGCUCGUGAACAACGCCUUUCUGAUGCCAAAGCCGGACACGCUCUUCUUUUCGGCUCCCGUGUGGCAACAACCCUGCAGGCUCUUGGACGAGCAAUUCUGCAUCGGAGCUCGUAACCAUGUGGUACUCUCUUUGUUGUCCCGAGAUCUCUUGAGCAAGGCACGUGGAUGUGUUAUCAACGUGAGCUCUGGUGGGUCGCAAGGGAACACCCAGGUCUUCCCCGUGGCAUAUCACGUGAACAAGGCUGCAUACGACCGAAUGGUACUGGCUCUCGCAUGCCAGCUACAGAACUGCUCCGUGAGCGUGCUGACGCUCUGGCCAGGCUCUGUCGCGACGGAACGGAUGGUGGUGGGCAAGCGUCGCUUUCAAGGAUGGCUGACUGAUCCGGAGACGACGCUCUUCUCUGGUCGAGCCGUGGUCAAGCUGGGCGAGCUCAGCGCCGAGGCGCGUCUUCGACUGUCUGGGAGGACUUUGACGACGGUCGAGGUCCUGUAUAUGUCCGGCGGCUUCGAUGUGGAUGGCUACCGUCAUGAUCUUCAGCGAGAAGCUUCCUUUGCGAUUGCUCAAUACUUCUCGGAAGCACCCAGCAUGACGAGAGUUGUGAAUUGA